AUGGUGAAAAAUGUUUACGAACAUGAUGGUUUUAAUGAUUGGAAAAAUGCAGAAAGUAGAGUAAGCCAACAUGAAAAUUCCACCAAACAUAAAUCGAAUUUGAUUACUUUAAAAGAAAGAGCAAAUAUAUUAGGAACAAUAAACGUUAGUUUAACAAAACAGUUAGAUGAACAUAUUAAUUAUUGGGAAAAUGUAUUGAGACGGGUAGUUCCUACAGUUAAAGCUUUAUCAUCCAGAGGUCUUCCCCUUAGAGGUCACAACGAAAAAUUUGGGUCAACUCAGAAUGGUAAUUAUUUAAUGGCUAUGGAACUUAUCUCUGAGUUUGAUCCAUUUCUUGCUGAACACAUUGGGAAAUUUGGCCAGUGCGGUAGUGGUCACACGAAUUAUUUAUCGUCUACCAUAUACGAAGAAAUUAUUCAGUUAAUGGCUGAUAAAAUCAGGCAAAAAAAUAUUGACGAAAUAAAAACAGUUAAGUAUUAUUCGAUAAUAGUAGAUAGUAGUCCCGAUAUUUCACACGUAGACCAACUAUCCUUUGUUAUUCGUUAUGUUCAAGAAAACGGCGUGCCAAUAGAACGAUUUCUUCAAUUUCUUCCAAACACUGGUCAUAAAGCUAUUGAGUUAUUUGAUUCAGUUAUAAAGCUUCUUAAUUCUUACAAAAUAGAAAUAGAAAAUUGCCGAGGUCAGUCCUAUGACAAUGCCCGAAACAUGUCAGGAAUAUAUUCAGGACUACAGGCAAGGAUUAAAGAGUUAAAUCCUUUAAUUGAAUAUGUACCUUGUUCCGCCCACUCACUGAAUUUAGUAGGAUCUUGUGCAGCUGAUAGUUGUGAUGAUACAUUGACAUAUUUUUCCCUUCUUCAAACAGUAUACAAUUUUUUUUCAUCAUCCACGAAUCGAUGGGAAAUAUUGAAAACCCAAUUAGAAAAUAAUCCUGAGUCAAAAACAGUGAAAACAUUAGCAAACACAAGAUGGUCUUCUCGUGAUGAUGCAUGUAAAAGUCUGAAUAGUUCUUGGAAUGAAAUACGUAAUGCACUGAUAUCAAUAACAAACAAUUUAACAGAAAAGGCAACCACGAUAAAUGAAGCUCGUAGUAUACUUAACAAACUGGAUAGUUUGGAAACGGCGUUUAUGACAGUGUUAUGGGGUUGCCUUCUUGACCGUUUAAACAAGGCAAGUAAACAACUCCAGAGUGUUAAUAUUGAUGUAUCAGUCAUAGUAGAUAUUUAUGAUUCAUUAAUUGAAUAUACAAAAUCAUUAAGAAAUCCAAUUAUAUUCAAUGAGUAUGAAAACAAAGCAAAACUUUUAUCAGUUGUAAAAGAAUAUAAAAAAUCACGAAAUAGAGUACGAAAAUCUUUCCAUGAUGAAACUCGUAAUCAAGAGCAAGAAUUAGAGGGGAGUGACAAAUUUCGAGUAAAAACAUAUACAGUCAUUUUAGAUUGUUUAACAAAUGAAUUAGAAGAUAGACGAGCAGCGUAUUUCCUUUUUAAUUCGCGUUUUUCUUUUCUUGGCAAAUUAACAGAGUAUAGUGUGGAUGAAAUUAUGGAAUUUGCAAAAAAUUUACAAAAUGUUUAUAAGGAAGAUCUUGAAGAGGAUUUUCCAAAUGAAUGUAUUCAUCUUCAAGCCCACCUUAAAAACAAAGAUAAGAUGUCAAUCCUUCAAUUGUGUAAAUGGCUUAAAGAAUAUGGGUUUUACGAAAUGUAUCCAAACAUAGAUAUAGCAAUUCGUAUUUUUGUGUGUACACCUGCAGCAAACUGUUCAACAGACCGUUCAUUUUCAUGCUUAAAGCGAAUAAAAACGUACUUGCGUUCACAAAUAAAACAAGAAAGAUUAAACAGCAUGGCAAUUCUAACAAUUGAGUCAAGUCUUCUUGUUUCAUUACCAUAUGAAGAUAUUAUAAAAUCGUUUGCAAAUAAAACGGCAAGACGUCAACUUUUAAAGUAA